AUGGAAUCGUUACAUUUUCAGAAUCUUUCUAAAAAAGAAAUCAAGCCUUUUUUAGGCUUAUCAUAUUCUUCUAAUUAUAAUCAUCCUACAUCAGUGACUCAUAAAAAAAAGGAAUUUAGUAAUUUAUCAAGACAAAAUAAUAAGAAUAAAACAAAAUUAGAAGACAGAAAUCGAUCAAUUGAUAGCAACAGAGAUAAUCAAAAAGACAUGGCUAUUCAUAGUAGAAGGAGUUCACUCUUAGACCCGUUGCUUGACGAAGAUCAUAGUAUGGGAAAAGAUAGAAGAAAAUUUUUAAUUGUUUCUGUUUUCGAUUUUUGCCUUACAACAGUUUUAUGGUUAUUAUCUACUGUAUCACAAGGAGAUUCUGAUUGGGCAAAAGUUUUUUUUGAUGAAAUAAAUCUUUUUAAACCACAAUUUUUUGAAAAAUCAUUAUUUGAUGUAGUAUUUGUGGCAUUUUUACGUAUGACAUUUCUCCUUACAACAUAUGCUAUUUGUUGGAUAAGACAUUGGGGUCCAGUUGCAUUAUCAACAUCUAUAACAACUAUCUUUAUUGCUAUUAAAGUUUUAUUUUUUUUUAAUAAAAGUAACGGGUCAUUACCAGCAUAUUUAGUUAUUGUUUCUACAUUUAUUGUUGCCUGGUUUGAAUUAUGGUUAAUGCCAUUUAGAGUUUUAAAUAGAGAAAGACAAGCAUAUUAUCAAUCAACACAAUUUGGUGAAAAUGAUAAUAAUAUGGGAAGAAUUGGUGGUAGUAAUAAUUUACCAAAUAGGGUAAAUCAUAAUAGUUAUAUUACUGAUGAUGAUGCAUUUGGAACGGCAAGAGAUGUCUCUUCAGAAGAAGAUGAAAAGGCAGAAUCAAUUGUUCAAGGAAGUGAUACAGAAGAUAUGAAAAUAGAAGAUUAUCAAUAUGCAGUUACAGUAGCUGAAGAUAAAGCUGACAAAUUAUGGAAACAAAUACAUACAUGGAAAGUUCUAUCAGAAGGAAAUAUUUUUAUAUCAUAUAGUGAUGAAAAUAAUAGUUAUUAUGUUAAAACAACCUGCGACACAAAUACAUUUGUUCUUUAUCAAAUUGUUUGGAUGGAUCAAAUAAAAUAUAACAAUCAAAUAAAAUCAACAGAAAAAUUAUUAUUUGUUGAUGAAUGUACAGAAAUUGUUUAUUCAAUAAGUGCUCCUGCUAUGUUAGGUCAUAUUUCAUCAAGAGAUUUUCUGGAUGUCAGAAGAAUUACUUAUAAUCGUGAAGAAGAUAUUUUUAAUGGAAUAUUUGUAAGUGUUAAAUCAGCAAUAAAACCUCCUGAUACUACAGGAAAAUUAAUUCGAGGUGAGAAUGGUGUUAAUUUAAUGAGGAUCUCAAAAAUAAAUGACAAUUGUUCUCUUUAUGAAUGGAUUUUCAAUAGUAAUAUUAAAGGAAAAGUUCCAGCUAAUUUGAUUAAAUCGGGUACCAAAUCAUUUUUAAUGAAUACCAUAAAAAAUCUUCAAAAGUAUGUCAAAAAUGAAGCUCAUACAUAUUUGCAAAAACCUAUUUAA